AUGUCGACCACCGCCAACAUGGACGCGGACGCCAUCGCCCGGGCCGGCCUCGCAGACGCCGAGCACCACGGCGUCUACCCAAACGCCGCCCGGGGCUCCAUGGAUGUCAAGGACAAGAAGGAGACGCAUGACCACGACGUCGUCUCGACCUCGGACGACGAUGACUAUCCCGGCAAGCCCACCGAGGAGGAGAUGCGCACACUGCCCCGUGUCUCCGGCAAGAUCAUGUGGAGCAUGUGGACCAUUGCCUUCGUCGAGCUCUGCGAGCGUUUCUCCUACUACGGUUCCUCCGUCCUCUACACCAACUAUGUCGCCUACCCUCUGCCCGAGGGCUCCACGACCGGUGCGCCCGUCGUCUCGGGUGGCCAGCCUGGUGCCGUCGGCAUGGGCCCCAAGGCCGCCCAGGGUAUCAGCUUGACCAACCAGUUCUUCACCUACCUGACCCCUCUCCUCGGUGCCUACAUUGCCGAUGCUCGCAUGGGUCGCUUCUGGACCCUCCAUUUCGCCAUUGGCAUCGCCACCAUUGCCCACGUCGUCCUCACCGUCGCCGCCUCGCCCACCGUCAUCGACCAGGGCAGCACUGGCUUUGGCGUCUUCAUCCUUGGUCUUCUGCUCCUCUGCGUUGGCAGCGGCUUCUUCAAGGCCAACGUCUCUCCCCUCCUCGCUGAGCAGAACCCGGACACCCGCAUGCGCGUCGAGGAGCGCAAAGGCAAGCGCGUCAUCGUCGACCCUUCCCUCACCAACACCCGUGUCUUCCUCUACUUCUACCUCUGCAUCAACAUCGGCGCGCUCUCUGGUCAGAUCGGCAUGGUCUUUGUCGAGAACCAGUACGGCUUCUGGCAGGCCUUCCUGAUCCCCACGGCGCUCUUCCUGCUCUGCCCCCUCGUCUUGUGGUCGCAGAAGAAGAAGUACGUGCUCACGCCCCCGACCGGCUCCCUGCUCUCCAAGUUCCUCCGCAUGUUCCGCUUUGUGGCAAAGAACUCGUCCUUCUGGAAGCCCAACUGGGAGCUCGGCAAGCCCUCCAACGUCUCCCUCGACCAGCGCCCCAAGUGGAUGACCUACGACGAUGCCUGGGUUGACGAGGUUCGCCGUGGUCUCAUGGCCUGCAAGGUCUUCCUCUUCCUGCCCAUCUUCUUCCUGGCCUACAACCAGAUGACCGGCAACCUGACCACCCAGGCCUCGACCAUGCAGCGCCACGGUGUCCCCAACGACAUUCUCCAGAACCUCAAUCCCAUCUCCAUCGUCGUCAUGAUCCCGCUCAUCGACCACGGCCUCUACCCCGGUCUCCGCAAGCUCGGCAUCGCCUUCACCCCCAUCAAGCGUAUGACAGCCGGUUUCUUCUUCGCCACCAUUUCCAUGAUUGCCGCCGCCGUCAUGCAGCACUACAUCUACACGAUGAACCCCGACUGCGGUGACAUGAUCACCAACAAGCUCACCUCGGGCGAGGACUGCGCGCCGGCGCCCAUCAACGUCUGGGCGCAGGCACUGCCCUACGUCUUCAUUGGUCUCGCCGAGAUCCUCACCAAUGUCACCUCGUACGAGUACGCCUUCUCCAAGGCCCCCGCCAAUAUGAAGUCGCUCGUCAUGUCCGUCAACCUGUUCAUGUCGGCCCUGUCGGCCGCCGUCGGCCAGGCCUUCACCCCUAUUUCCGGGGACCCCUUCUUGGUGUGGAACUACACCACCGUCGCCAUCAUCUCCUUCCUCGGCGGCGCCGGCUUCUGGUUCUGCUUCCGCCACCUCGACUCUGACGAGGACAAGUGGAACAUGCUCAAGAAGUCCGAGUACAUUGGUCAGAACCGGCCCACCGACACCGUCAAGGGCGCCGAGCACGGCGACGCCUAA